CUUCAAAGGGCAUGACGUCUAGGCUCCGUGGGCACUCCUAGUCUGUCCAUAUUUCUUUAUGAUGGCUAUGUAAUAAGAUAAGAACCCCAUAUGGGUGUCCAACUAGUUCUGUCCUUAAGUUCUGCAGCUAUGGAGUUUAUUGUUGACUUCAUUGAAUCAUCUUCUUCUUCAAACAUGGAUGAAAAGGUGGAGCCUGGAGAGCUUUUGGAGGAGUCUUGGUUUUUUGGAAGCUUUCCAAAGAUGUCAAGAUGUUAUUCUGAUCCUUGUCCUUCCGCAAACUACGGUGAUCAAGAGAUGUUUGUCAGAAAAUCAACUGGGGAGAACUCUUCAUCAACCCCUGGACGCGAUCAAUCUGUUGAAAAUCCACGAAAAGGAAGAGAUUUUGGAGAGAGAAAAGCGAUCCCACCAUCAUCGCUUAACAAAUUGGUUCGUGCACCAUCUCUACCACCUUGUACAGGGAGGGAAGAAAUUCAAGAUUUGGACAGUGAGUUUACUAUGAGCAAAUUGAUCAGACAAGCAUCUCUGAGCACUUCAGACAUGUUACCCCCGCGACGUGCUUCAAAGGCUAUGACACAAAGCUCCAGCAUACCGAGGCACAGAAAAAAGCCAGAGUUAGAAAGCAUUAACAUGGGAAGCUUUAAGGAGACGAGACGCGGCCUGAUGGAUCAAACUAAGAUGAGAAAGAAGAGCCCAAGUGAUCUUGAAUAUCAAGAAGUGCAAGGCGUUAGGGACUUGGGUUUUACAUUUGAGAAAGAAGAGAAGAGCCGAAUCGAGGCGGCUGGUGAAGAGGAGUUCAGGAGGCCUUAUCUUUCUGAGAAAUGGCAAGUGCAGAGCUCUGCUCCUCAAGUACCAAAUUGGGUUGGCAAGAGUUCUGCAGAAGACAUGAAGGAACAGAUCAAGUUUUGGGCUAGAGCUGUGGCAUCUAAUGUGCGUUAAGACUAUCGAUAAUUGAUCACAUAAACAAUCAACCUCUCUCACAGUUAAAAGAGUAUUUGAUUAAUCUAUAGGAAGUUUGAAUUGUAAUUCAAUUCAAUUUUUUUUUAUUUUUUAGUUACUGUAAUUCUCGAAGUUCUUUCGUGCAUAGCUUUAUGCUUGGAACUCAUGAGCUUUUCAUAUAAAAGAAGGUGGUUUUGUCCCAAGCACAGCUAUGCAUACAGAGAACUCUUUCAAGAGAUGGAGAAUUAGAAGAAAAAGAGAAAAGGGUGGGGAGAUGAACUGCAGAUAACUAAAUUCAUAGUCUAUGUGAAAUAAUAAUCUUUCUAUUUUUUAUUAUAUUUUUUGGAGUUCUUGUGUUAAUACACUUUGUUAUUGUUAUUGGGACUUAGUAAUAC